GGGCGGGGUGGGCCGUAGGUGCAUGGGGCGGUGGGAGGGGGCGGUGUCCGGGGAGGCGCAUCAGCCGUUGCCGCCGUCGCGGGGUCCCUCCCCUUCGGCGGCCCGAGUCCCGCGGGGAGCGGUGCGGCGGGGAUGAGGAGGGCAGCCUCGCACCCACCAUAGCGGCGCGGCCGCCUCAGCCAUGAAGCGGAAGAGCUGGUCCGAGGCUCGGCGCCGGGCAACCCCGGCCCCGCCGGCUCUGAAGAGAACUCGGGGAGCGGUGUCGCGGGCGGUGGGGGGCGAGGUGGAGCUGCGGCAGCCACCCCCCGCCGCACCGGAGACCUGCCUGAGGAUCGCCGAUCGCCUUUAUUUUGCAAUUCUCUGCCAAAAACCAAAGAGUGGAGCUGCAAAUACCCAUUAUUUCUGCAUAGAUGAUGAAUUUGUGUAUGAGAACUUCUAUGCAGACUUUGGACCACUCAAUCUGGCAAUGGUCUACAGAUACUGCUGUAAGCUAAAUAAGAAAUUAAAGUCAUUUUCAUUGAUAAGGAAGAGAAUAAUUCAUUAUACUGGCUUUGAUCAGAAAAAACAAGCAAAUGCUGCAUUCCUCAUAGGCUCCUACGCAAUAAUAUACCUGAGAGAAUCCCCAGAAGACAUGUACAGGCUUAUAUUGUCUGGAAGCGUUUCAUAUCUUCCUUUCAGGGAUGCUUCAUUUGGUACUUGCAGUUUUCAUCUGACACUGCUAGACUGUUUCCAUGCAAUAAACAAGGCUUUGCAGUACGGUUUCCUGGAUUUCAGUACUUUUGAUGUAAAUGAAUAUGAGCAUUAUGAAAGAGCAGAAAAUGGAGAUUUUAACUGGAUAAUACCAAACAAAUUCAUUGCCUUCAGUGGACCUCAUUCAAGAAGUAAAAUUGAAAAUGGCUAUCCCCACCAUGCUCCAGAGGCUUAUUUCCCAUACUUCAGAAAACAUAAGGUCACCACUGUGGUACGCCUCAACAAAAAAAUGUAUGAUGCCAAACGAUUUACAGAUGCUGGAUUUGAGCAUUUUGACCUCUUCUUUGCUGAUGGAAGCACACCUAGUGAUACUAUAGUUAAAACCUUUCUAAAUAUUUGUGAAAAUGCUGAAGGUGUUAUAGCCGUUCAUUGCAAAGCUGGUCUUGGGCGAACUGGUACACUUAUUGCCUGUUACAUUAUGAAGCAUUAUCGGAUGACAGCUGCUGAAACUAUUGCCUGGAUUAGGAUAAAUAGACCUGGUUCAGUGAUUGGACCACAACAACACUUCCUCAUGGACAAACAGGCAGAACUUUGGACAGAAGGAGAUAUUUUCCGUGCAAAGUUGAAAGGAAACCGUAAAAUUGCUGUAACAAGAAUUCUGUCAGGAGUAGAUGAUAUUUCAAUUAAUGACAUGAGAAACAGGCGAACCAUCCGAAAGGACAUUGAACUGUACAGUGAUGAAGAUGAAACAAACUGUGUAACACAAGGUGAUAAGCUGCGUGCUCUGAAAAGCAGAAGGCAGUCAAAAGCUUCAACUACGUCUCCGUUAACAUGGCUCCUAGCUAUGCUGGUGUCUACACUGUGUAGCAUUGUCAUCUGGUGGAUUAUAUGUGGCUCCCUCCUGCCCAGCCUACUAUUCUGUCUAGAUGGUUUAAGAAAAUAGUAACCAUCACCUGAGAGAGAGCCACUGUCAGCCAGUCCAUCCCAAGGGCUAGAACAGUAUUGCGUUAAAUUUCAAAUAAGGAACUGGUACUGAAGACAAUAUUCAAGAAUGAUGGGGACAUGACUAAAGGGGAUGUAAUUCAAUUCAAGGAGGAUUACUUCAGCUCCAUCUUUCAGCAAAAGUGAAACAGAAGAAUUUCUUCCAUACUCGUAGAAUAAAACAAACUGUCAACAUGCUUGGUAGAAAUGUUUCUAAUGUGCUAACACUUUCUCAGACAAAACCAACAAAAUCAAUGUACUUUCAAACUCAGGUGUAAAUACUUAAGCUCUUUAUUAUAAAGAGGGCUUGCUAGUAUAUAUGAUGCAUGUGUAUAAAUUGUGAUGGCAAUCACUUAGCUGCUGACCACCAGAAAUUAAAGAUGGUGGGAGGUUUUAAGUAUAUAAAUCUGUGUUGUCUGUUCAGACUGGACUCAAGUCUUCACUUGGGUCUGAAAAUGAACCACAAUAGGCUUUUUUUCUUAUAGUCUUGGUACUCUCCUGUGUUAAUUGGCUAUUCUUUCUUAUUUUGUAUGAAGUUUUUUAUGAAGCCGCAGUAGUGAGUACACAAAGUGACUAUGGCCCACCAAAGAGUGCUUUAUUUUCAAGGGUUGUGUGGUUUGUUUAUUUUGAAAUACACUAACUGUGAUUAACUUGUUUUUAAUAGUAAUAGAUUCUUAGUUGUUCACAACCAAUGGCACCUUUAACUAGUUGCAGUUGCUUUAAAUCUGGUACGAUUUCAAGGGGGAAGAAAACCAGCUUACAUUUAAAGCAGUAUCAUCAUAUUGAAAUGUCAUUAUUGUUUCCUUCCCCAUCUUCAAGUCUUUUAGGUGACACUUCAGAUUAGCAUACGUAAUAGGUAAGAUUUUUUCCCAGGUUCUAUUGGUACACUUGACAUGUGUAUGUCAAGUACACAGUGACAUGUGGAUGUCACUGUUUUUUAGCUUUGAGACAAAUGAGUGCAGCACACUAAAAAGGGAAAAUAAGCUUGCUGUACAAUUGAGAUUGGUAGUGGAACUCAGGGGUGAGUAGAGUUUUUUAACAUCUAAUUACCACAGCUCCUCUCUGUUAAAAAAGCAGUGUGAUUUUUAGAGAGAGCUGAGACUGACAUUUUCAUCCACUACAAGACUGCCUUCAAACACUGGCAGCAUUUUUUCCCUACCACUUUUCGCUUUAUGAAAUCUCAAAGCUGAAGUUUGUAGCUGCAUAUCCCUCAGACGAGGACUGUUACCACGUAGCCUUAAAUAUGAUAAGAGUUAUGUGUCACUGUAGUGACUCUAACAGUAGAAAAAACAGAAGAAACUGAGAUACCUGAAAUGUUAGCAGUGGAAUAACUGAAGAUUUUAAAUAUACAGAUUACCUCUGCACAGGGAAGAAUUUUCUUUUUAUGAAUGUAAGUGGGCAAGUUUGGUGACCAGUUUCAAUCUAUAUCCUUCUAAAUUAAAAUUAAACUAUUAGGCUGGUGAUUUUUGAAUUCUGAUAUGAAUAACCACACACUGGCUUGAAAACAAUUUGUGGCAAAAGCAUCAUGAGUUGGAGAGGAGGCAAGAUGUAAGCUUACAGGUAGCAUCCACGAGUUUGGAUAGUCAAAAUUUGCAAAUACAAAUAAAGCAGAAGAGCAGAAGAGGCUUAUAUGGUGCAAAAUAAAGGACCAUUGAGUCUCAGAUAUUUUUUGUUUUCCUCUUAACCGUCACCACCAUUUUCUUAUAGGUGAAAGCACCGAAAAGAGAGGGACUGAAUUCACCCUGAUACAGUGAUUAAAAUUUAUAUUUUCUUUUUAUUUUUUUUUUAAAGCCAUUUGCCCAAAAGCUGGAGUACAGGUAACCACAGUAGUAGAUAUAUUACGCAAACAUUAAUCUGUGUUUGACAGAAAUUCUUACCUUGGAACGUGGAAGGGAUGAAACUAGUGAUGUGAGAGGGUGAGAGUCAAUACAAGAAGUAAUAUUUAUUAUGUUUGGCCUUACCCUUCUCUCAGCUGAGCUUCCUGUUUUCCCAUCUUUGUUCUAACCUAAAAAUAACCAGCCUAUUUCACACCCCUUAUGAAUUCCAAAUUGGAAUUUGCCCUUUCUAAAGUAACCAGCAUAGCCCUUAGCACUGUCAGGCUCAUAAAAAGAAAUUUGCAUAAAAGCAGCACACAAACACAACAGGAACUCUAGCUAAACCAAAACUGCAUGUUUGGCAUGAGUGUGUUACAAGAUACCCCUUCCACCUCCCAGUAUCUUAGUGACAUAUAAAUGUCAAAGGCAUUUUACAUUUGAACUCUCCAAACAGCCUUAAAUGGAAGACCAACUCAUUACCUCGUUGUGUCCCAUCUAACUGUAUUGCUUAGUUUGUUCUUCUGAAUUUUUAGUACUUUGUCUAGCAUUUUUAUUGUACCAUACCAAAACUGUCUUAGGUGCAAGAAUGAAGAGGAGGCAUGGGUGAGUGUUGGUGGGCAUGGUUUCUCAAUCUUUCUUGAAUUGAGGGGUACUAUGUGCCAAAAUGGAAUGUGUAGCAGCAGCUGCAUCACCAUUACACCAUGGAGCAGCUGAAGGAAGUUAUUUCUGCUGUCAUUAAUAAGAAGUUUUCCCUUAGAAAUUCUUUCCCCCUUUCAGAUAUAUGACAGGUGGAAUCUUCUUUGAUCUCUAAACUCUAAAAUAUGCAAUAUACUCAAAAGCUGUAAUAUCUUGUGUCAAAUUGCUAGCUCCCAUUACAGCAUCAAUAUCUUAACUUGAAUGUUACCCUGUAUGUUGUCUUUUUGCCCCAGUAUGACAAUGGAGGAAGUGCUGCUGAUUUAAAGCAAAAUACGAUUUGGAGAUACUCAUGCAUUAAAAAGAAAAAAAGAAAAAAAAGAAAAAAAGACAAAAAGAAAAAUGUGAUGUUCAGUUUGUUGCACUGCAGUUUUUAUAUUAAUGGUUUGCAGACUGUUUGUGUUGAGUAAACUCAUGUGCAGACUAUCAAGAUCUAAAGUUCCUAAUCUGCUCAUCCUGAUUAUUUUUGAAUUGUAUAUUUCUAAUCAUAUUUUUUUAACUUAGAUUGACAGGAGUUUAUUUUGCUGACGGUAUUUUUAAAAUAAAGCUUCGUAUUAUCUUGUAAUACUAAGUAGUUCAAUAUGCAUUUGUGUCUCAUUGGAAAAUACCGCAUAUUGAUUUUAUACAAAGUAUCGAAUAGUGAGAAUUGUAAACAUGAACUGUGUAAAAUUAAAAAUAACAAGAAAUUGUUUUCUCACUUUUAUUUCCAAUAUUCUAAAAAAUUCAGCACAAAAAUAUCUGUACUACACUGACUCAUAUGUGCUCUGAAAAAUAAUGCAGGAAUCUCUGCUGCCUAAAAACCUUUAAUUAAAGCACAAAUCCUUAAAA